CCGCAGCUCCCUUGCCGACGGGUUGACCGAGGGAGUGAAUGUCUGUGUAUGUGCGGGUGUGUGUGUGUGUGUGUGUGUGUGAGAGAGUCUGAGUCUGUGCGCAUGUACAUGCCGCCCGGGCUGCAACUGGAGCUGCUACCGCUGCUGCUGCCGCUGCUGCUGCUGCUGGUGAAUAAUGCAGACAGGGGAACGGAGUUUGGAUAGCAUGCAGGGAGCCAGAUUAAUAAUGCAUCUUGCCGGGUUACAAGCUCUGCAUUAGUUAGUUUUGCUGGAACCUGUAGCUGCCUACUGUCUGCCUACCUGACUUACUGACUCCUCUCCUACCUUUUUGCCUGCCACUGCCAGCCUUUUCUACCUGACUGGCGGACUGUCUGACUUAUUCAGAAAAUGUCUCACUACCACUUCAUCAAAUGCUGUUGUUUCCAGCUAUGUAAUGUCUUUCGUCAGAACAUGGAGAUAGACCAGUGUCUGCUGGAGUCUCUCCCCAUUGGCCAGCGCCAGCGGCUGGUCAGGAGGAUGCGCUGUGACCAAAUAAGGGCAUACUACGAAAGGGAAAAGAGCCUUCAGCGCCAGCAGGGUGGAAUCAAGGUCCGAGCCCCACCCAACCACCGCAAGAAGCACCGCGUUCGCUUUAGCCUCGCCGAUGUCAUACAGGAUGCCAUCAUUCGCCAUGACGACAAAGAAGUGUUGCGUCUCCUGAAGGAGGGAGCAGACCCUAACACUCCCAUUUCUUCUGGUGGAUCCUUGCUACAUCUGUGUGCUCGCCAUGACAAUGUGUUCGCGGCGGAGCUUCUGAUCGAGCGAGGGCUGAACGUCAACCUGCAGGACGAAGACCUGUGGACAGCACUGCACAUAGCGUGUGUGUGUGACCAUGCGGACGUGGUGCUGCUUCUGCUGCUGGCCGGGGUUAACGUCCUGCUGCAAGACGUCAACGGGAACAUUCCUCUGGACUAUGCCUCCGAGGGAACUGAGACCAGCUAUAUCCUCCGAAAACAUCUUGAGGAAAAUGGGGUGGAGGUGUCAUCCAUGCACACUAUGAAGACACAGAGACCCAGCACCAUGCUGUCUGAUGUUAGGCAGAUAGUAGCCACAGGGGGAAGCCUCAACCAGCCCAAUGAUGACAGGGUCACUCUGCUCCAUAUAGCAUGUGCCAGUGGAUAUAGGGAUGUGGUGUCUGUGUUGCUGGAUAGUGGGGCGGACCCUCAUCCUGCAGACAACAACUUUUGGACCCCUCUCCACCUUGCUGCUAAAUACGGACAGACAAGCAUCGUUAGCCAACUCCUGAAGCAUGGAGCAAACCCAACUCUGUUGAACUGCAACCAAGACAAGCCCUCAGAUAUUGCUGCAUCAGAGCCCAUAGCUGAUAUGCUGCUGAACGCAGAGGAGAGCUGGCUGCAGAGACUGAAGGACCCCUCCACUCCUCUCCCCCCCACUGACCAACGCUAUGAUGGCGGAUCACAUGACCUCAACACCCCUGUCAAGAACUUGAACCCCUUGGGUCUCCCUAUUUCAAAGCGGGACAGUCUGCUGGAGAAGUGCGCCAUGUUCAGAGAGGCAGGUGCAGCACUGAGCCGACAGCCCUCACAGGACAAUGGCCUAGAUGGCCCCUUCAGCUCUGGAGCAAGCAAACUCGAGCAGGUGAAGCUGAUGCCUCCAGCACCCAAUGAUGACCUGGCAUCCCUGAGUGAGCUGACCGACAGCAGCCUGCUCUACGAGAUGCAGAAGCGCUUUGGCAACGACCAAAUCUAUACUUACAUCGGACACAUUCUUUUACUGGUGAAUCCAAACAAAGAGCUGCCCAUCUACUCCACUUUGGUGAGUCAGUUGUACCUGAGCUCCACAGGUCGCCUGUGCUCCUCUCUGCCCCCUCACAUCUUCUCCUCAGCGGAGAGAGCUUAUCACAUGAUGCUGCAGGAGAGACGCCCACAGUGCUUCAUCUUAAGUGGUGAAAGUGGUUCUGGGAAAACAGAAGCCUGUAAACACAUCGUGAGACACCUGACAGCCCGAUCUAGCCCCAAAGGCUUUGCACUGGAACCCAGAAUGAAACACGUUAACUGUAUUCUGGAGGCGUUCGGCCAUGCAAAGACCCUGAGGAACAACAACUCAAGCCGCUUUAUCAAGCUAUUAACCAUCCAGUACUGUGACAAGAGGAGGACACUGCUCAGAGCCCGUGUGUACACCUACAUGCUGGAGAAGUCUCGUCUGGUCCACCUGCCUCCUCACCAACACAGCUUCAGCAUCUUCUAUCUGAUGGCUGAAGGCCUGUCACCUGAGGAGAAGAUUGCACUUUACCUCAACAAUGUCUUGGCUCAUAGGUAUCUUAAUGGAGGACUUCCAGGGGAGAACCCUCCAGUAGCUACAGCCUCUACCCAGAGCAGGGAACGCCUCACAGCUGUUAAGCAAGCCUUGCGAGCUCUGGGCUUCAACAAGCAGGAAGUUGACUCAGUGUUUAUGCUCCUAUCUGCUGUGCUCCAUAUUGGGGAUCUGCGUUUUACUGCGUUGACAGAUGCCGAUACAGCCUUCCCUUCUGACCUGCAGCUGCUGGAGAGAGUGGCUGGAAUGUUGCAAGUGAGUGCCAGUGACUUAAGCACCGCCCUCACCUCCAAUAUUCAAUACUUCAAAGGUGACAUGAUCACUCGGCGCCACACUGUGGAGAUGUCAGAGCAGUACAGAGACCAACUGGCCAAGGCCAUCUAUGGACGCCUCUUCAGCUAUCUGGUCAACAGUAUAAAUGACUACUUACAGGGACAAGACGACAGCCUUGGUGACCCUGCCUUAGAAAUAGCAAUCUUGGACGUCUUUGGGUUUGAAGAAUUUCAGAGGAAUGGAUUUGAGCAGCUGUGCAGGAACAUGACCAACGAGCGACUGCGGCAGUACGUCUCUGAGGUUCUGUUCCAGCAGGAGCAGGCUGAGUGUCUGCAGGAGGGCAUCACCAUGGAGACCCCAUGCUCCCCCAGCAACCAGCCAGCUGUUCUGGACUUCUUUUUUCAGAAGCCUCAGGGACUGCUGUGUGUGUUAGAUGAGGAGAGCCAGAGCCUGCGGCCAGCAGAGCAGACACUAUACAAGAGACUGUCAGCUCAGCUUGACUCCAACCCGACUCACGGCCUCUCUCUUACCACCAAGGAUGGCAACGGAAACCCCCCACCCAAAGAUCAAGGCCCAGCUUUCACUGUCAGCCACUAUGCCGGACAGAUUUCAUAUGACCUCACAGGAUCACUCACAAGAAACAAGGACUCCCUUCCUCAGAAUAUCUUGUUUACUAUGAAGUCCAGUGAGAGUGUGUUACUGCAGCAGCUCUUCCAGUCCAAGCUGACUCAGACUGGUUCUCUGGUGCCAGCAGCACAGGGCCGUGUCGGGCUGAGGGGGCCUAAAGCUGCUUUGUUGCUCCACAGGAUGCCAUCAGCCUCUCUUGUCACUGCCAGUACUGUCCCCCAGCAGCCCCGGAGAUACCAUGACCUUACCAAGAUCUUGAAGAAGAAAGGCUCAAGCUCCUUCCUCCAACGGCUUGAGCGGUGCGGGCCCAUCACAGUGUCUGUCCAGCUGAGGAACUCGCUGUCAGAGGUGAUCAGUAAGCUGCAGGCUUGCACUCCCCACUUUGUGGAGUGUGUGCGCCCCAACGCCAGUGGUCAGCCAGACAGUUUUGACAGCUUCCAUGUGUCUACCCAGCUGCAGUACAUCGGGGUGCUUGAGAUGGUGCGCAUGAUCCGUUAUGGAUACCCUGUACGCCUGUCCUUCCCAGGCUUCCUCAGCAGAUAUAAAGACCUUGUGGUCCCAACUUUGGGAGACAAGAAGAAAUUGUCAGCAGAGGAGAGAUGUCGCUCAGUUCUGCAACAGUCCAAACUCCAGGGAUGGCAGAUGGGCAGCAGUAAAGUGUUUCUCAGAUACUGGCAGGCAGACCAGCUCAACGACCGCUGCUACCAGCUUCAUAAAAAGAUCAUCACCUGUCAGAAAGUGGUACGCGGCUGGCUGGCCAGGCGGCGCGUUCAUCGCAGGCUGACGUCGCAGCAGAAGGAAGAGUGCAGUGUGCAGCGUUUCCUGCAGGGGGCGGAGGACAUGGGGCUGCGAACCUACGACCAGUUGGUCAUCCAAAAUGCAUCAGACAUUGCACGAGAGAGUGACCGACUGCGCUGCCAUGGCAACACCCUUCUCAACACCCUUGGCAGCAGCCCACCACUUGGUGAGAGGCCUGAGCCGGUUGGAAAGGAGGAGGAUCAACCUGUCAGGAGGGUUGUGGAAAAAAGUAGUAAAGUCCAUGAGGGCACUGUCAACGGCAGCAGUCGAGUUAUUCGCCACUUUCGAUCAAGCUCAGUACCCAUCCCCCUUGCCAUGGAGAACAUGGUCCAUUCCUCUGCCAGUCCAUCCAUCAAACCAGCCCUGCAGCAGGUAGCUCAUACCAGCGAGGAUGGAGCAAGCGGGGGAAGUCUUUCCUCCCCUCGGAAGCAACCUCCCCCGAAACCAAAGAGGGACCCCAACACCCGUCUGAGUGCAUCCUAUGAAGCAGUUAGUGCAGGUCUGAUGAUGGCAGCCAAAGAGUGCCCCACUCCAGAGGGUUAUGGUUCGCCAGCUGGAAGCCCCCCUAAAUCCCAACUGUCCCCAACAGACCCUGCAGGCUUGUCCAAGCCCCGUCCCCACAGUGAUGACUACACAACCAUGAGGAAGGUGCCACCCCCCAAACCUAAGCGUAGUCCCAACACUAAGCUAACAGGCUCAUAUGAGGAGAUCAACGCUGUAGCUCCUCACCUCCACCAGCUGCGCCCCGCUGAUGUAAAACUAGCCCUGCUGUCUCGUGCUGGGGGAUUUGGAGGGUUUGGAGGCUUGAUGCAGAGAGCAGCCUCUGUAGAUGCUCCACAAGGGGUAGCACUGAGUCUGUACCAGGGCCAAGAUGAAGAGGAUGUGUACAUAGAGAUGUUGAGCUCCCAGCCUCGGGCUCGGAGCCUCCAGGAGCCCCCUGACAGCCCAGAGCAGGCUGACUCAGAGGCCGUCUAUGAGGAGAUGAAGUAUUUCCCUUCUGAAGAUGGUGGACCUCCUGCUGUUGUUACCAAGGCGGCCAAACUGGAGGCCCUAGGCUUGGGCUUGGUGGGGUUGGGAACAUCUCCCCCUCAGAGCGGGGAGAGCAAACGGAUGCCAGCAGGGGUGACCGCUGCCAUGGACAACACUCACUCACAGAGCACAUCCAGCAGCGGGGCUCCCAAAACUCAGCAUGGAAAAGAUGGCAGCUGUGACAUUCCUGCCCCCUUUCCUAACUUGCUCCCCCAUCGUCCACCUCUCUUGGUGUUUCCCCCAUCCCCUGUCACCUGCUCUCCUGCUUCAGAUGAGUCACCCCUCACUCCCCUAGAGGUCAAGAAGCUUCCAGUGUUUGAGACAAACCUGAACUAUGCUACUGGCCCAGACAGCCCCCUGUCACCACAGUAUGCCCGCCAGAGGGCUGACUCCUCUCCUAGCCUAACUGUCCUCAUGCCAGAGAAGAAGUCCACACCUCCACUCACUCCUCCACCUCCUCCUCCUCCUCCAAGUGUCCCACCUCCCCCCUACAGACCUCCCUCACACUUCCCCUUCCCACCUGAGGCCAACUUCCUGGCUCUGACGCGAGCAGCAUCUGUCAUAGGGAGCUCGGACUCCCCCAAAACCCCGUCCUCACAAAGGGCAGGUGGGGAACCACUGGGGAAGCCACCUCCCUAUUCCCCAGUGAAGAUAUCCCGUCCUGAGCCUCGGAGAGCACACUCAUGCUCCUCCUCUCCCUUGUUGUUCAACCCAGCCAAUGGCAGACCCCUGACCAGCCCCCUGGAUGAGCUCAACACUCUGUUCAGCUCUGGACGCAGCCUGCUGAGGAAGUCCACGUCUGGCCGCAAGAUGAGAGACGGAGGAUUCAAUUCCAAUAUCAAUCUACCUGGGCGGGAAGAAUGUGGCUCUGCCCCCACCUCUCCAUCUCUGCAGCUACAGGACAAGAACGCCAACAACCACUCUCUUCACUCCCCAAGCCCCGCCCCCGUAGAGAACGGCAACCAGAUCUCCAACGGGUCGUUGGAGGAUGAGAGUCACAGCAAGUCAAACUCGUCCAGCUCAGCCUCUCUGCACAGACACAUGGACAGCCAUCAUACUCAGGUGUUUCAGAGGCUACGUCUGUCCAACGGGGAUGAGGGCACCGCACUGGGGGAGCUUCUGCGAUGGCGGCAAGCACAGUGUGAGGGGCGGAGUGACUGGAAGCACCGUCCCCCUCAGUCUCCACCCCUGACCCCCACGUUGCUCUGGACCAACAGGAAGGCCUCUCCAUGACGGAUGUGUGGUGCAGGCACAUGUAUUGGCUAUGAGGUUCCUCCCUCUCUUUCUCCUCAGGCGCACAUGCUCUUUUUCUUUUUUUUUUUCUUUUUUGUUAAUGUGGACCAAGUAACCUCAAAGCCCAGGGGCUAGGCCGAAGCUCUAAGCCCCAAAGCAUGAGCCUAGUCCCUGGGCUGAUGGUACUGCCUCUCCGCUUUUGAACUUGACUUGUGGAGGACGCCCCAACCCAACCUGUAAAAUAGAAGCUCAGCACUAUGUGAUGCUAACACGUGUCAGCCAUGAAAAAUUAAUGGAAGUAGACACAGUGGAGAUUCCUGGGAAGCUUUUUUCGAUCAAAUAUUUUAUGAACAGAAAGAGACAGAAAAAUUACGAAAAUUACAUUAUUAUUAUUAUUAUUGUUAUUUAUUUUCAGUUCUUCUGAGAUAUAAAAUAUAUAAUGGAAUUGCUGGAUUAAAAAAGGAAGCAAAGGAGCUCCACCCCAAAACAUGGUGCUGAUUAAACUUGAUGUGCUGUCCUGUGAUGUUCCCAUUCAUGAGUGCUUGUGUGAGAACACCCCCGCCCCCCCUCUCUUUGAAGUUUACAAGUCAAUGCCUUGGACGCCUCCAGUUUUUGGCAUCGGUGAACUGGCUUAGACAUGGGUCCUUUUCAGGUAUACAGCUCUUCACUUAGCCCCUCACGUCUGGGCUCUUAAGUGCUACUGCAGCCCUGGCAACAAGCGACCAGGAGUCAGGGUAACCUCAGUAAUAUCCGAAGGUGCACUUCUCUUCCCCAUUGUUACCACCAGCCUUGAGGAAAAAAACCUCUGGCCAAAUGCAAACUACUGCACUUACCUUUAUUAUGAAAAGGGGGUCCAACGAACAACCUACAUUGGUUGAAGGUAUAAAGGUAAAGCUACAAAAAAAAAACAUAGCUUUAGCUGACAGGUAUAUAGUUCAUGUUGUGAACAUGAAACUCUGUGCCAAAGUAACACAACUUGUGACAGAUAUGUGUAAACGAACAAAUAUAAUUAUACAAACAUGUUGAUAGUCAUAUACAGUAUGUACAGACUGCGCAAAUGACAUACAUGACCACAUGUUAGCUUUGGUUCAGCGAUGACUCCACGGACUGUUUCUAUAUAAAUCAAAAGAUGUUGAAAAGAUGAAAAAAAACAACAACAGUGUGCACUCAAAGUUGCGACUUAACUCUCAUUGUGUCUCAUCAACAGCUGAACAGUUGCAUACAUGUUCAGUGUUGUUCAGGAGACUGUGCAGAGCUCAGGAACUCGCGCACAGAUGAACUCGAUGUUUGUACAGAUUCCUUCACCUUGGGUGUGUCCACUCAUACGCCCAUUACCUUCCAUGUCAGCCCUCUCCUUCCUUCAUCUCCUCUGCCUACUUGACCCCACCAAACAGACCCUCUUUGACCCUCCCCCUAACUUCCUAAUGGAUCAAACCGGCUCUACGGGUGUUUCCAUAGUAACCGCUCUGUAAAUAGUGACCAGUGUCAUAUGUUCUAGCUUUUACUAUAGCAGGAAAGCACAGAGAUUGAAUUGAAAGACAAGAAAAGAGAUGAGAUAAUACUGUCUAUGAUGGUGAAACUGAGAUUUAAGAAUGUCUUGGGUCAGAUGCAAUGACUGAGGUAAAGAGAAGAGGUUUAUUUUAAAAUGUGAAUAUCUUUUUUUCAGAAUGAUUGUCUAUCGCUAUGAAAUUCUUUAUACUCUAUUUAAUAUUAUUUGUUUUCCCCCUCUCGACCCUGUUGUUCUGUUCCUAUGAUGCAAGGCAGAUGUUUUCAUUGUAUCUGGAUGUUUUAUUGCACAAUGUUUAUGUGGUGUUGUGUUGACUUCUGUAAUGGGCUGGGUGUGUCUCGACAAGCUGUUUGAUCUUCGAGGAUCGGUCUGAAUUGUUAGAGCUGCAAAGUAUCAAUAGCUGUAAUUGAUUUCUCAUUCCCACUGAUCACCCACAAUGUUUCCAAUUGAUUCAGCCUUACGAAUUAGCAGCACCAUCACAGUAUCGAUCUCAGCUGCUGUCGGCGCAUGAAGGCGCACAAAUAUUCAAGAGGAAUUAGAAGAGACCACCGAUAUUCACAACAUAUGGCAAAUCAGCUGAGCUGCAUUUUCGACUGACUGGCUGAAUGUAUAAACGCAAAUUUUAUUUGACUGCCUGUGUACAUGGAAGGAAACCCUGUGUAUCUUAUUACUGGAACAUGCACCUGUAUCUAAAGAGUGUACGUAACUGCUUAAUGUGAUUAUUGUCUUCAGAAUUUAUGUAUGCAGUUUUUUUCAAAGCAAGUUAAUAACGAUGCAGCAUUCCUGAUAAGGUAUUGAUUUGCUCCAUGAUUCACACCUUGUUUGUUGUGAUUGGGGUUGCAUGAGUAGCGCUUCUGCGCAAUGCAUUGCUAUGUGAAACAUUUUCAUCAUGGUGCAAUUCAGCUCACUUACACAAGGAUUUAAACCAAUCUGUGAUCAAACAAAGUAGACAGGAACAAAGAUCAAGCUAGUCAACCUUGCCAAUGCCAAUGAAAGAGAAUUUAUAACCUCUAUAUUGGUCCUUUGUUAUAAAAAUGUUAUGUGCAUCGCUAUGGUUUUGUGUAUAACCAUGUUUACUGAGAUCAUGAAAUGAGGACAUUGUUUUUUAUUGUCUUUUAAAGUGUGUCAGUGCUUUUUACCUUGCAUGACCACAUGUUGGGCCUGGUCCCUUAUGACGUGUUCAUGCUGGAAAGAUUUAAAAAAAGGCUAUCAAAUGUGAAGGACUGCUUCCCACUGCACUGUGAAUCACUGCACUGUCCCCUGUCUCCCAUCUAGACGUUCGUCAUCCAUCCAUAUCCACCCUUAAACUGGACCGGCCCGCACACAUGUCAGCGGCCUCAUAUCCAAUCCCUGAUGACCUAGCUCAGUCUGUCUAAGCAUACCAAACUGUGGCGGCCAGAUUACUGCCAGUAUCGUUGUUAAUCAGGAAUCUAUAAAUCCUCUGCUCUGAGAUCAGCUCUCUGGUGCUACAGCCAGUGCAGAAUGGCCAUUUUAUUGUCCCCAGUCCAUGUAUAGUUGUCCUAAGAGACACAAUAUUUUAGCACCUAAACAGGGGUAUCUCACUGCCUUUCAUAGUGUUGUCGGUUUUUUUAUUCUAUUCUUUCUUUUGUACAUGACAUACAGUAUAUUUGAACCUGCAUACAUACGUGUUUGUGGAAAGAAAAAAGAUCGUAUGUGAUAUUUCAUAAUUAUUAUGUUCCCAAUGUUUUAUAAGUACUGUACCUGUACAGCAAUAAAGCACAAUUGUGGCAAUGCUUGUCUUUA